UCGCGCCGCGGGCAGAGCCGGCGCGCCACUGACGUCACCGCCGCCGACUGCUUUCUGGGAGGCAGGAGUGGAAGGCCCGCGAGUUGGUCAUAAUGGCAAGCGAAGAAAUUAAUGAAGACUACCCAGUAGAAAUUCAUGAAUAUUUAUCAACCUUUGAGAAUUCCAUUGGUGCUGUGGAUGAGAUGCUGAAGACCAUGAUGUCUGUUUCUAGAAAUGAGUUGUUGCAGAAGUUGGACCCACUUGAACAAGCAAAAGUGGAUUUAGUUUCUGCUUACACGUUGAAUUCAAUGUUUUGGGUUUAUUUGGCAACGCAGGGAGUUAAUCCUAAGGAACAUCCAGUAAAGCAGGAAUUGGAGAGAAUCAGAGUAUACAUGAACAGAGUCAAGGAAAUAACAGACAAGAAAAAGGCUGGCAAGCUGGACAGGGCUGCAGCUUCAAGAUUUGUAAAAAAUGCCCUAUGGGAACCAAAACCUAAAAGUGCAUCCAAAGUUGCCAAUAAAGGAAAAAGUAAAAGUUAACCUUUUGAUUUGGAUGUACACAUAUUGAAAAAGUACAUAAUUUUUAUUGUUUUCCACAAAAUAGAUGAUGGUUAUGUGGCAUAGUAAGGUUUAAAUGUAUUCCAUAUUGAAUUCGCAUGUAAAAUUUGCAUUUUAAAUUUGUAAUGCUAAAUACUUUUCCCCCAGAAAGAUUAAGUUAUCCUUACUGAUUUUCCUAUAGAACAUUAUGAGGUUUUUUAACAUUGUGGUAUAUUUUAUAUUUAUAGUUUACUGUCUCUUGACAAGACUCUUAUUUCCUUAUAUAGGUCAGUUUUUCAAGUGCCAUUUUAUAAGCAACUAUGAAAUUUAGGUUAAAUGUUCUUUGCAAACAUUUGUCUAUUUUCGAUGAAUAAUGAUUUUAUGAAGUAUGCUGAAGUUCUGAAUACAUCUGUUUUCACUAUAUAAUAUUAGGAAAGAAAGAAAUGACUUAAAUGUCCAUUUUUUCUGUGAAGUUAUUUCAUUAUGCUUUCAUGAUUUUGGGAAUUACUGCUUUUUGUGAUGUUUGAAGUAUGAAAUUAAGACUUUUAAGGUUAUUCUUUAAUUCUUGGCGCUUUGCCACUAUGUCCCAUUUAAAGUAAAAUAUAUUCUCAUUAACUUUAGAUGGGAAAUGAGGUUGUAUAUUGAUGGCUGAAUUUUGGCAUAAUGGCUGUACCCUAUCAAUAAAGCUGUAAAUGUUGUGUA